AUGCCAGGUUUGGACUGGAUUCCCGGAGUUUCCCAGCUUAAAUCCGGCUUUCAACUCAUCACUCUCGACUUCGAGGGUGCCCGACAGACACAAGAGAAUUUUGUGAAAGAGUGCCCGGUCGUCUCGCAGGUCACCUCGGUCGUUCAGCUGGCUACAGGGGACGCCGAUGGAGCGCUCGAGACGCAAAAACGAUGCCUCGACACCGUCAACAAUGUGGUCAACGGGCUGCCGGUUAUCGGACAUGCUAAAGGUGUUGUGCAUUAUAUAGCCGGCGAUACGGAGGGUGGAAAUCAGGCGAUGAACGCGGCGAGUCGCUCCACGGUUGUCAUCGGAUCUGGUGUCGUGGCCGGGAUCACCACUGGAGGUCUCGCGGCCAUUCCGGCCGGAAUUGCCGCCGGAGCAGCUUACGACGGGACGGCCACUCUGAUCACCGACAAGCCACAAGGGAUCAUCGCCGCUUGUGACAAUGUGAUCAAAAAUCCGAAUGCCGGAAAUAUUUUCGAUGCCCUCUUUAUUCCGGUGGCUGAUGGAAUGGGUGGAUAUGCUGGUGGGAAGUUGGGAAGUGCCGUUCUAACAAGAGCUCGUUUGAGCAGCCUCGAGGCGGCAAGAGCCGUCAAACAGGGAAGACUCGAUGCAGCACUUUUUGGCGAAGUGGCAAUGACCGAUGCCGAGGCGAUUUCUCUGGGACAACAGAUCAACGUCAUCACCAGGCAGAUCAGCGUGAUCGAGAGGGGAACGCCGCAGUAUUGGUUUGACCCAAAGAAUAAACAGGUGAUAAAAACCUCAAACCCUACUGCCGUCCCGGUGGCCGGUUACAUCGACGAAAAAAAUCCGGCGAAGGCAGCUGUGAUUGUCAAGGAGCUUUCUGCUCUGCAAUGCGAUGCUAUUCUUGCCGACGACUAUUGUGGCAUCGAGUGUGCCGGCAUCUACACCACUCCGGCGCUCAAAACCCAGCAAUUGUCCAAACUUCACAGCCAAUCACCACAAGGCUCAAUCAAUGAGAUCUAUCCAAAUGUGGUCGUUGCCACCAAGGAGGACAUCGAUCGUUUGCAACGCGAGAAACGGGACCCUCAAAAGAAACAAGCGAAAGCCCUUUAUGAUGCCCAUUCAUGGUUGCCCGUUCCGAUGCCGUCCCAGUUUAACUAUACGAGCAACGUUAUGCCUCAACUGACUGAGAACGAGUUGGAAGUGCUGAGCGGUCUCCAGAUGGACAUCUACGAUUUUCUCCGCAGCAAUAUCACCUAUUCUAACUACCGUGGAGAGACGGGAAAUCGUCAAAUGAUGGUUGUUUGUGUCUCAUCACAACUCUAUCCAUCCGACGCCAACUUCAACGAUUCUCGUCCCAUUCGAACGAUCACCACCGUUUUCUUCAAGCCAAUCAAACAGGCAACCACAAAGCAUUUU